AUUUAGUUCCGUUUCCUCCCAGACGCCAGCGUCCAUGACGUCACUGACACUUUUGGCUAUAAAGUGGCGCGGAUUCAAGCGGCACCGAGAUUAAAAUUCACAAAACUUUUGGCGGGUAGAUUUCUGAGACUUGGCCUGCGCAAAGAUAGUGAAAUGUCAACCUUUUGUCAAAUGUGUGUCUUAUUGGCAGGAGUUUUGGCCCUUGGCAAAUGUUUUUUUCCGCCACAAACUUUGUCAGCCCAACUGGCCACUGAGAGAAUGUGCCGUAUAGCAUGUGCCAGUCUAGGCUCACCUUGUCCGUCAGAAUGUUUGCCCAUCAAGCUAGACCCAUACAGCAAAAGAUCUCUUCGUGUCAAUAGAGGCAGAAACUUUAUCGGAUCUGGAUCUGAUAGUGGGAUAAAUAGCUUUGAUGAUUAUCUUUUUAUGAGAUUGUUGGGGCGCAACUUUGGAGAACCGUAAUAGACUUCACGUCUUGACAUUUUCAUAGACUGGUCUCUAUAGAAUAUCACCCAAACAUUCCAUUUGGCGCUUUGCUAUGCUAGAGACUUCUGACACCAUGUUAUGUUAAAGAAACCAAUUUGAGGUCUAGAGAAAUUCCCCGUCAAAGUUUCAGUAUUUGACAGAAAGUUUAAGUAGAAAAGCAUCAAGAUCUUGUUCUGAACAGUAACCCAAUGUCACCACGUCAGACUUAGUUUAUGAAUUUUGAAAAUAUGUAUAGCUUGUAUCACACAAGAUAAAAAGAAAAAUCUAUAUAUAAAAUAAAGUUUGAGUUUU